CAUUCUCUUUUUUAUACGGAGUCUGCAAGCAUGACACAGGCCACACAGGUGUGUCCGGGAUGACUGAUGGACAUGUUCCACGAAGACUAGAGGCUCAGAUGCUUGAAAGAAGCAACAUAUCAUGAGGACCUGAGAUAUGGACUAAUGGAGACUUUGACACACAAUCUCCAAACCAGCUCUACCUUAGCAGAUAAUUAUGUAUUCUUGGAGUGAAUAACCCAAAGGUGAGGCAAUGAGCUUUACAACAAGCCCAGCUCCUGUCCCAGAUAGGGACAGCCUCCCUUUUAAAAAGAGAGACCAAAGAGUGAGCUCCCCUCAGCAGCAGCAGCAGCAGCAGAGGCAACAGCUGGAGUGUGACACCACAAACUUCAAGGCACCCUAUCCGUAUAAAAGCCACAGCGACUUAAAGACGAAACAUGUAGGUCUGUUUCGACCUGUGGCGAGGCGAGUUACGGCUCUGUACCAACCCUGGAUGCAGACACAUUCCGCUCCUCGGCCCAAACACCACAUCCCAUCUGCUUUCAGAGAGCACCACGGCUGGGCAGAGUGGAGAGAGUUCAGUCCUCUGCCUUCAGUCUGGGAUUUUUCCCAUCAGUACCAACUGCAAAACCAUCUAUCUGGAACACGUGCCGUCCACUCAGGACAUCCACCCUUCUUGUCUAGAUUUAGCACCAGCUCGCUGGUCUCUGAAGGCAUCCACAGAGGGGAUGGAGGCUGGGAGAGACUCAAGACAUUAAAAGACAAAAACUAUUCUACGCAUAAAGUUCCCUAUGCCAGGAGAGGAGAAAGGAGGACUGAGGAUUUACUUAGGGCUGAAAAAGGAGGCACUUACUUACCUCACUCCACACAUGAGGACACCCCUUUGAAGCAUCAUUUAUCAUCAAAAUCAAAAAAAGCCAUACCUGUGUCUGGACAAUCCCUCAUUAAAGUUCCCCCUAACAACUUGAACGGCUCCUGCACCUCCAUGAUAGAAGACAAGCAAAGAUCUCCCGCUGUCCCUUCCACUGAACAUUCUUCUUCCUCUCUUACCUCUCCAAAUCACUUUCCCUGGCUGCUUCCUCACUUCGUGGCAGGAUCUCUGAUCGAGCUCAGAGACGGGCGCCUGAGGAGGGUGGAGAACCUGCAAACAGAGGACUUCCUCCUUGGAUCUCUGGCCUGUCCAGAUCUGCGCCUGAGCUGCUGCACAGUCCAGAGCAUCUCUCCAUCGGCCUCCUCCUCCUCCGUCUACCGCCUCCUCAUCCUGCUUCACGACCAACAGUCCCAGGAGUUGGUGGAUGUGUAUGUGGAGUACCCAUUCUUUGUACGAGGACAUGGAUGGUCAUCUUGCAGCCCUCAGAGGACCGCCCGUCUAUGUGGCCUGCAGUGCCGCCAGCUCAGUGUGGGAGACGUGUGCUUGGCCCUCACGCCUGUCACUGCUACCAAGCCACUGUUGUCAGACUUCCUGGGGCCAAAAACUGCACCCGAAAAGUCAGAGAUCAGUUGCGACCAACCAAAGGCAAACACUGCCCUGUACAGCCAGGUUCCACUUGAGCUCAAGGAGCAUGCAGUGGAGCAGAUAACAGAGGUCAAGGUGUCCCGCAGGAGGCACUAUUCAGCCCCAUGAGAUUAGACUACUUGUGACAACUCAACUGUACAAAAAAAUUAAUAUUAACGGUUCUCACAAGAUUUGUAUUGCUUCACAAAAGUAUUCACACCUCUUCAACUUUUUCAUGUUGUCAUAUUGAAACCACAACCCUUACAACUUGUUGGGCUUUUUCUGUGAUUAGCCAAUUCAAAGAAAGAAAUUAAUAAGAAAUUGAGACAAAUCGGUAGAAGAUCCUAGAAGAUCUCUUUCAAGAAAUAUCUGAAAAGAGCCAUGCAUUAAUGCUUCAUUUAUAACAUCUAAUUCAGAGGAGGUGAAAAUCAGCUAGAAUUGAAGUACAUCAAUUCAGCUUUACUCACCAACCAAUACAUCUUGGCUUGUGGCCUUUAUCAAGGCCAUCCAAAUGAAUUCAAAGCUCACAAAAGAAGUAAACAGAGUCCAACUUGUUUAGUUUAAUAUGGUAUAAAUCCAGCUUCUCAAUGUUGGCCUCAUUAGUGAACACAGCCUCAAUAUGACCAAAUAUCACAGAUCAAGGAUUAAGUUCCUCUUACAACGUCUAGGGAGCAAGGUAAACUAACUUCUUCUAAUCAGAAGAGACAAAAUUCAAACUUUGAGGCCCUUCCACUGCUCUUCAUCCGAAACACACUGCCCCCAGUGUGGAGCAGAGUGGUGGCAGCAUCUUACUCUGGGAAGCAGUGCAUUGAAGCUGGAUUAUGAUGAUAGAUGACAAUAAUUACAGGGCAUUUCUAUAUAGGGAGUCCCCAUAUUGCAUUUGGGGAGUGGCUGUCUUGUCGUUAGGGCAUAGAACUUGGAAUCCUGAGGUUGUGAGUUUGAAACCCACUCCCACAGACUGCCUCUCUGGGUUCCUGAGCCAAAACCUCUAACCCCACACUGCUCACCGGGCGCCGAACAAGGGCGGCCCAUUGCUCCCCAAGGGAAUGGAUUAAAAGCAGACAGUGAAUUUCGUUGUUCUGCACUUGUGAUAGUAUAAUGACAAUAAAACUCUAGGAAAAUAUAGCUCUUUUUUGCUGUAAUUGUAGCAAAUACCGGUUCAUAUAGUAUUUACUUAGAAGAGCUGAAUAAAAAAAGCAUAAACAUCUGACAUAAAAAAAUGAAAGCCAAGAAUAAUUUUCUGUUAUAUAGAUGUUUCCAGUGUUCUAUCAAAGCCCAAUACAGCUAUAAUGUGACAAAAGUAAAAAUCGAAGGGGUAUAAUUGCUCUUGUGAGGCACAGAGGACCAUUGGUUUCUCCUUACAUCUGCUGUAAUCAGCGUCUGUCUUUCUACCUCCUGAAUUAUUUUUUUUUUGUGCUUAACUUGUUGUUCAUCUUGGCUUACAAAAAAAGUCCCAGUUAAAGAGGACAGCUACAGUGAGCUCACCUCUCAGGGUUAUAGGUUGCAUAAACUGUUGUUAAGGGAUAAUGGAACCAAAGCAUGAACUGAUGUUGCCUCAGUGAUAUUUACAGUACAGUUGAGAUUUCUUGUCUUUCUAACUAUAUCAGGUCAUAUUUAGUUGAAAAAUACAGGAAAUUUCUGCCUAAGUUAUUUUUUCUGCAUUUAAGGUUCAGCUCUUUACUGCCAAAUAACACGGGUCGUUUAUCAACCAGUUUAUUCUGUAUUGCAAGAUUAUGAAAGCUUCUACCUCUGCAAUUAAGGAUUUGUGUUUGUAACUUUCAGCUGACACAAUAUUUAGGAAGCAAGAGGAAGAUUUAGCUGUUUUUGUUGGGGUUUGUUUUUUGUUUUUUGGGGAAUUUUUUAAAGCAUAAAUUGCAUUAAAAAAAAAACAAAUCAAUUUAACAGGAUAAAAUUAAAGUGUGAAUUGUGUGAAUUUAUCUGUAACCAUUCGCAUCAGGCAGUGAUCUCCACUUGUCAUGUUUUGACUGGAUGAGAAAAACUUUUCAGGUUUAGGAUUUCAUAAAAGAGAUUGAAAUGAAAUAAAAAGUAUCAGUGUCAGUAAAGAGUAUCAGCAAUAGUCUCAGCAGAUAAAUACUAGUGAAUAAAGAAGAGUCCUUACUAGAAUCUAACCAUAUUCAUUCAGUUUUCAUAAUUUAUUUAUGUUCAGUUAAUAUUCAACACCUGUUCACCGAUUACAUCUAGCCUUCCUUUAUCAGCACAAAUGCACAUCUUACCUUAAGAUGAACUCGAAGUGUUCUUUCAUAAUUUAGAAUAACUCCUCCUGACAUACAUGAAAUGCAUAGUUUUCCAUAGUUUGUAUAAUUUCUUAUCUGCUACCGUUUGUGAGAGAUAAGGAUUAAGGGGGUUAUAUUGAUUAUCUUUAUUAUAAAAC